CGUACUUUACGAAAGGUUAGCUCGCUUGCGAUUUAACUUCACAAGUAGGCGUGCUGACAUUGAGGACCGCUACAACAACCCGUGUGCUCGUUAUCGCUUCUUAAAAUAAAAGGCUCCUCCUCCUCCUCCUCAUGAUCAUGGUGUCUGGAAAGCGCCUGGCUGACUUCGGCUACCGGACGUUUUCCGCCUCGAUGAUGCUGCUGACGGCCUACGGAGGCUACCUGUGCGCGUUGCGCGGAUACCGCUUCGUGCAGAAGCAAAAAGAGCUGAAGCUGGCAGCAGAGAACCAGGACCCUGAACUCCUCAAAGACUAACCGGGCCAUUGCACACACGAGGACAUUUCCCCAUUCCUCCAUUUAGUUCCCGUGGCUAAACAAUGACGAUGUAAAUGUCUUCUCAGGACAUUUAAGUGAUUUGUGAGGGUGUGCUCACAAAAAAAUUGUUUAUAAAAACUCCAACAGGCAAAUGAACGAAUAACAUAUUUUCUCCAAUGACCUGCGUAAGAUCCAUAUUGUGAGAGUCUCAGGAGUGAAGAUGGCUGUAAUUGGUUGCAUUAUAUUAAAUGCCUUUAACCACACAAAGCAAUGUAGUGUUUAUGAACAGGACUGCAACAAGAAUGGCCUCUUGUCAACAGAAUAUAUUUGGAAAUAUAUACUUUUUUUUACAAGGCCAUCAAGCGAGAACGUGAUACCAGACAUGUAGUAUAGUCCUCAUACCUGGAUUCCUCUGUAGGCAGUGACAAACAACUUUAUAAACAUGUAAUCUCGGAAGAAGUAGUAAAAAAACAAACGGUAAAACUGAAAUAAACAUUAAGUCAAAGUUGCCAAACAAUGUUGUUAAAAAGAAAAAAUCCACAAUAAAUCGCUGAAGGCAGAAA